AUGCCUGAUAAGGACCUAACCAAACGAUCAUUAAAGACAAUGCCUGAUAAAGACCUAACCAAACGAUCAUUAAAGACAAUGCCUGAUAAAGACCUAACCAAACGAUUAUUAAAGACAAUGCCUGAUAAAGACCUAACCAAACGAUCAUUAAAGACAAUGCGUGAUAAGGACCUAACCAAACGAUCAUUAAAAACAAUGCCUGAUAAAUACCUAACCAAACGAUCAUUAAAGAAAAUGCCUGAUAAAGACCUAACCAAACGAUCAUUAAAGACAAUGCCUGAUAAAGACCUAACCAAACGAUCAUUAAAGACAAUGCAUGAUAAAGACCUAACCAAACGAUCAUUAAAGACAAUGCCUGAUAAAGACCUAACCAAACGAUCAUUAAAGACAAUGCCUGAUAAAGACCUAACCAAACGAUCAUUAAAGACAAUGCCUGAUAAGGACCUAACCAAACGAUCAUUAAAGACAAUGCCUGAUAAAGACCUAACCAAACGAUCAUUAAAGACAAUGCCUGAUAAGGACCUAACCAAACGAUCAUUUAAGACAAUGCAUGAUAAGGACCUAACCAAACGAUCAUUUAAGACAAUGCCUGAUAAAGACCUAACCAAACGAUCAUUAAAGACAAUGCAUGAUAAGGACCUAACCAAACGAUCAUUAAAGACAAUGCCUGAUAAAGACCUAACCAAACGAUCAUUAAAGACAAUGCAUGAUAAAGACCUAACCAAACGAUCAUUAAAGACAAUGUCUGAUAAAGUCCUAACCAAACGAUCAUUAAAGACAAUGCCUGAUAAGGACCUAACCAAACGAUCAUUAAAGACAAUGCCUGAUAAGGACCUAACCAAACGAUCAUUAAAGACAAUGCCUGAUAAAGACCUAACCAAACGAUCAUUAAAGACAAUGCAUGAUAAAGACCUAACCAAACGAUCAUUAAAGACAAUGCCUGAUAAAGACCUAACCAAACGAUCAUUAAAGACAAUGCAUGAUAAGGACCUAACCAAACGAUCAUUAAAGACAAUGCCUGAUAAAUACCUAACCAAACGAUCAUAA